UUGGCGAGAUAGUACCGUUCGCGUCUCUCUACCUCGCGGAAGUGUCGUGCGUUGUGAAACGAGGCCUGGUUCUCUCCUUAGGAGGCACACUUGUUCCAAACCGGUCGCCGAGAGCCAGCGUAAUCGCCGCGAGGGAAACAUGAGUUCGUUGGACGGCCGUUGAGGGCGAGAACAGAGGAAAAUGUGCGAGAUCGCGAAGGGACAGCGCAGAACGUUCCGGGACCAGGACCCGCCACGAAUAUUUGACAGAGCCACAGCAAACAACGGUUUGAAGGAGGAGCUCGGCUUUUCGAAAUCGACGCCGAGUUCGCCGACGAUUCUGCAACGUGCCUCGAGCUUCGAGAAGUGCUCCAGCGAGCCGGAGAUCCUCGAGAAGGACCGGCAGACAGGGAAAAAGGUGAAAGGAGAUCCGCUCGGCCGGGAAAGUGCGUCGUCGUUCGAUCCCGUUCGAGAUGACACCGCCAAGGGACCCGGCAAGCGACACGACCUUCGCACCGCCGUGAACUUCUUGAACGAGCUAGCCGACAAAGUGCCUUCGUCCGGUCGCCAUGAUCACGAGGUGAUCUCUAACGGUUUGACGAGCGACGCGGACAGCUGCGACGGUUUAACAAACGGGAGAAACAUGGCACCGGUGUUGGGUGUACCGCCUCCGCCACCACCUGCUCCGCACAUGGGUCCCGAUGGCUUGAUCUUGCCCAGAAAACCGUACAACCCCUACCUCACCUCCAACAACCACAAGGACCUUCGCAGAGAGUUGCUGUUCAACCAGAAAGUAGGCCGGAACGUACUGAAUCAGAAGAGCGAGCUGCAACGGGCGCUCGAGAAGCAGAGAGAGGCCGCCUCGAGGAGAGAGGCCGAGAGAAACCGGGAAGAGAACUUCAAGGACGAUCCUAGAACAGCCCUGCAAAGGGCCAUCGAGCAGAGGGCAAAACACAUCGAGAUGGCGCUGGAACAGUCGCAGCCGACGGCGGAGCCACCGAGCAACCUUCUAGUGACGGCGAGGGCGAAGCUGAGACCGCGCACGGACUCUCAGUGAAUCUUUGCGGGGCGGGCGAGGAGCGCAACGCAGAGACAAGAGGUCGAUCGUGUAACGCGAUAAGCGGCACCGCGGUCUGCGAUUGAUCGGGGUCCUGCACCGCAUCGUGGACGUUUUCAUCGCGUUCCGUGUAACUCGACCGACAUGUACAUAUUGCAUACGCGUAAUUCGAUAAGAAACUAUUAAAUAAUAACAGAGGAUUAUACAACGCGCGGCCGUUGAAGGAAGCGAGCGUUGCCCGCGAAGAGAGAUCGUGUGGUCGACAAUGAUUCACGGUGGUACCCGCUUGCUGGUCUACAAACAUUCGCUGCCGGCUGAUUCUUCUCUUAUUCUGGAUUGCUGAGAGCGCGUCGAGACCUAGCUUUUAGCCCUGUAACUUUGCGGGACCUGUUUAUCGCUUGUUAUUAUGGUCUGUUUGGUGAAACAAGAUACCGAAAAUCGCUAACAAUCGUGACAGUUGUCCGCUCCACUCUGUUGUUUCCACUGUGUCACAAGUACGAAGUACUACAGUGCACCGUGUUACUAGUCUCAAUCGGUAUUGUCGAAGUCCUUAUAUGUAGAGGGUGUCCCAAAAGUUGUAUAGAAUCGGGAAAUGAGGGUGUCCCAAAAUUAUGUUCGUCCGGGUCAUGCUCUU